UUGGGCUCCUCCGUGCUUUGACAACCCGAAUUAUUGGAAUCUCUGACUUUUUCUAAGGGGAAAAAGAGUCAGUGUUUUUUGGCAGGAUGUACAGCUUCAUGGGAGGUGGGUUGUUCUGUGCCGGAGUUGGGAACAUACUCCUCAUUGUCUCCACGGCAACUGACUACUGGAUGCAGUAUCGGCACUCCAGCAAUUACAUGCACCAGGGCCUGUGGCGGUACUGUGUGCCCGGGAAAUGCAUGACACAUACAGACAGUAUUGCAUACUGGGAUGCCACCCGGGCCUUCAUGAUCCUUUCCCUGCUGGCUUGUUUCAUUGGCAUUGUGAUUGGCGUCAUGGCCUUCAUCCACUACUCCUCCUUUGACGGGUUUGACAAGACAUUUGCAGCUGGCAUCCUCUUCUUUAUCUCCUGCUUCUUUGUGUUGCUGGCGAUGGCUGUAUACACAGGGGUGACGGUGAAUUACUACGGCAAACGCUAUGGCAGCUGGCGAUUCUCCUGGUCCUAUAUAAUGGGCUGGGUGGCAGUGGUGCUCACGUUCUUCUCAGGUAUCUUCUACAUGUGUGCCUACCGGAUGCACGAAUGCCCAAGAAACUCUAACUCGCGCUGACCUGCCGAACACUUCAACAUAUGUUCUCACACGUGUACCAGCACUGGUCCAUAACCUGCGACCAGGAGGAACCAAUACACCCCCUUGAACUUUCCAACAUCUUCUUAAAUAGUCAAGACUAAGCAAAAUAAAUGAGAAAAAUGUUGUUGCCUGUCUUGUCUCUGCUCUAUCAUUGUGCACACUAUCAGGACCAGCAAAUAAACUUGAUGGUAAACUACCCACAAAAACACAAAGGAAGCCUUGAAAAACGACAAGCAUAUCUGCUUAGUCAUCGGCUUUGAUGCAGUUUCAGAUUUAAACGUGAAGGUUGAAAGCCAUGCCUGAGAA